AUGGAGGAAAUGUAUACCAAUGAGGAUUCUGCAAAACGUACUACUAACAAGAAAGGUUCUAGCAGCUCUAAGGAGAGGCUGUAUUUGGGUGUUCUGAUCUAUCUGUGGCUCCUGAAUGUGUUUCUGCUGAUCAGACUCUACAGCUUUGGUGUUUGUUUCAAGGAUCAAGGCCCUUUGACAGGAGGUCUCUCCAACAUCAAAGACAAUCUGACUCAUCAUCUCCAGGCCAUCAAUGACCAGCUUGCCUUAAUGACUGAACAAAGAGACCUACUGAAUUCAAACAUUACACAAAUGUCUAAACAGCUCAUCAGAUUUCAGAGUUUGUCCACUCAAGAGAAGAAAUGUCCGAAAGGAUGGAACAUGUUCGGGCAUUCCUGUUACUUCUUCUCUACAAACCCUGGCUCUUGGGAGGAGGGCAGAAAUGACUGCAAAAACAGAGGAGGAGAUCUGGUGGUGAUAGAUGAUGCUAAUGAACAGAGAUUUGUUUCUACAUUCGCUAAUAAAGCAGCAUGGAUUGGUUUGAAUGAUAAAGUCACUGAGGGAUCCUGGAAGUGGGUUGAUGAAACUUCCCUAUACCUGGCGAACUGGGAGGAGGAUCAGCCUGAUAACGGUGGAGGAGACCCAGAGUGGGGGGAGGAGGACUGUAUACAUGUCAGAGAUGAUAACAAGGCAUCUUGGAAUGAUCUUUCAUGUGAAAUUUCUUUGUUCUGGAUCUGUGAAAAAGUACCAACAUUAAGUGAAUAA